UAUCGUGUACUGGGUCACUGAGUAUAUAAUGGGAAGAAAUUAACAACUUCUACAGUCCACUAUGGGUCCUAGAAUAGCUCUCCUCUUGGCGCUAACAGCGUGCUGCCGCUGCGAGCACGACACACACCCACUCGGCAGGACGACGCGCCGGCAACUGGUCGAGAUCGUCCCUGUGGCAAGAGACGGAGCUCCCCCCGCCGCGGCCGCCCCCUCACUCGCCUACAUCGUACCCGCGCCACAUCUCGACAUGGAGGCCGAAGAUUCAGAUAUCGAGGAGAUGACAGUAUAUGCGGAUUUGGAAAGAGAUGGAGAGUUAGACAGAGAAGCUGACGAAGAAGAGAGAGAAGCGGAGAUUGAAGCGAAUGAAACGGAAUUGGAAGCGCGAAAUGGAGAAGAAAGAGAUGAUCGGAAGGAAGAUGGAGCACAGACGGUAAAGCUGUGCGGGGGACAUGGCGCGGGAGGGAGGAGGGCGCACCUACAUCCCGCUUACACGUUGUCCUUCGUAUUCGGCCGAUAGAACAACAGUAUUACGUCCAAUGUCGUCGCCUAAUUGAAUAGAAUUAAGUCGCAGAUAUUCGCAUGCUAUUUACAGCUUCAUUACGAAAAUAACAACCCUCGUCAGGUUGCGGUAAAUAUGGAAUUACUUCCUUGAACUAAACUUUAAUACAAAAAAGUAAUAUAGUGGAACCACAAUCAAUUCCUUGUACUACAACUACAAAAAAGUAAAAGUGGAAACAAUGCAUUUUUUUUCUGGUAAGGCUACCGCGUCCAUUAGGAACCCAAUUAACGUACAACAAUAAAUGAAACGCAAGGUCUAAUGGCAAGCGAGUCAAUGUGUAUCGAUAAUUUGACAUCUAUUAUACAUAACGCUAAGUAUUUGGUAGCAUUAGAUACCCUUUUAGGAUGCCCCGCUGUGGGCAGUAUAUUUUUAUGGUUUGAAUUGCGUUGUACAUCGUUUCUUGCGAUUUGCGUUAAUUAUUUCAGUAUGGCUCGGGCAUGACAAAUAACUCGAUAUCUUUAACUGUUAAUUCUGAUUAAGCGACUGUUUUACGAAGUUUAAUAAUGUUAGUAUCGAAUAAUUAUAAUACGACCAAAUACAGAAGACACGGUUAAAUAUGCUCCCAAAUAAAAGAAAAGCAAAUCCGGUGUGUAAAGCGAUGACUGACACGUUAACAUUUACUUAAAGUUUGUGAAACAAGCCUUGAGAGGAGCUACAGAAAUAGGACGACUCCCUCCGCUUCGAUAUGGAUAUAAUAAUAACACACGCAAUUGAAAAUGGACCUUAUGGAUUUUAGCAAUAAUUUCGACUUUUGCAAUAAACGAACGUUCGUA